AUGUUCUUUUCGUCUGCAACUCUGACUUUCUUCCGCCUUCUCAACUUUGGAGAAUCGAUCUACGGAGCUAAAUUCGCUGAUGAGAACUUUGUGAAGAAGCACACGGGUCCUGGAAUCCUCUCCAUGGCUAAUGCUGGGCCUGGGACCAACGGAUCUCAGUUUUCCAUCUGUACUGCCAAGACUGAGUGGCUCGACGACAAGCACGUGGUCUUUGGACGGGUGGUAGAGGGACUGGAUGUUGUGAAGGCCACCGAGAAGGUCGGAUCUGGAUCUGGUUCUGGAAGUACCUCCAAGCCUGUUGUGUUCACUGACUGUGGUCAACUCUCUCACAAAAGAUUCUCGCAGUCUUCAAUGGCUGGUUCUACGACAAAAAUACAGGUCCCUCUUUUCAGGGUUCCUUGUAGAUCGGGCAUGUGCACAACUCCAUUGCAGGUUACAUCUUCCCAAUUGAUUGCCAGCGAAAUGGUUCCUGUUCAGGUGGUGAAGGGCCUUCUCUAUCCAGGAGCCAUUGUCAAUGGUCUCAUCCGUAAUAUGACUAUUCCAAGUUGGAUGAUGAGCAUGUUUGGAACUCUUCUAGUCAUAUGGGGCCUUGUUAAGGAAGGGAUUCUAAAAACGCCAGCAAGCACAGAUCCAACAAACGCAGUAUUUGUCUACCCAACUAUGUUAAUAGCUCUGGUUUGUUCUCUCUUAUCUGUCAAAUAUGAUGUGAAAAAGGCAGUGAGAAGUGUUGCUGCUCACCUCGUUGCAAAGCCUAUGCUCAGCUCUUCAAAAUCUAAGCUGAACUGA